UCGGGAGUUCGCCAAAUCAUCGAACGCGUCGCGCAGCCGUUUGUAUUCGUUUGCCAUCCGUUGACCAGAUCCAAUCCGUCGCUCAACAUGUUGCUGCUCCAGCUGUGCUCCAUUGCCCUGCUAGUGUGCCUUGCCAGUGGCGCCUCCAGUUUUCCUCCUGAUCUGCAACGCUGCCGCAUUGGAGACACCAAGUGCAUCAUCAAUACCUCCCACCAUGUGGUACGUCAGUAUGCCAAGACGGGCUAUCCAGCAGCCGGCUUUCCGCAGAUAGAGCCCUUCCUGGUAAAGCGCUUCGAUAUAUCCGACGGUCGCACGGGAUCGCUCAACCUUAAGCUCAACUUUAAAGAUGUCAAUGUGGAGGGCCUGUCCGGCGUUAAGUUCGACAAUGCUGUUGGAUUCGGUGCAGAUCCCGCCACCAGCAAGUUUGAAAUGUACGGCAGCAUUCCCAAGAUCGUGCUGCGCGGAAAGUACACCGCUGACGGACGCAUCCUGAUCCUGCCCAUCCGCGGUGACGGUGAUGCUGAGAUCACCCUUCAUUCGCCUAAGUUCUCAGUGAAGUUCAAGCCGGGCACCCAGGUGAGAGACGGCCGCACCUACCUGACCGUGGACAAGCUCAAGGUGCUCGUCGAGCCACAGAGAAUGAACAUCAAGCUGACGAACCUCUUCAACGGGGACCAGGCGCUGGGUGCCAAUCUGAAUCAGUUCCUUAACGAGAACUGGGUUGAGGUCUGGAGCGAACUGCAUCCUUCCAUCCAUUUGGCCAUUGCAGAGAUCAUGAAAAACAUUCUCUCCAAUCUUUUCAAGCGCUUUGCCUACGAAGAUCUGUACCUGGAGAACUGAUAAAGCAUUAAUCAUUAGGCAUUAGGCAGCAUAAGUGUACGAGUAUUUCCCUCACAGACAUUUUCUUAUCCAGCGUGCACUUGGGUGCAUUUGGCCAUUGACUGUUCCAUUGCUCCCAGGCACCACCAUAACAUCCAUCAUCAUAUUUGCUAGGUUAUUACUUACUAUAAAAACAAAACGUUAGAAUAAACAAAAUUGUAUAUGAAAA